AUGGACCAGGAAUCUAUCAGAGAGUCUGAAAGUUCUGUCUACAAGUCAAGAAAAGAGAAGUCAUACCGUGUGCUGCGUGAGUGUACGGUAGAUAUGAAAAUAAAAGUCAUGGCGGCACUUGCCGAGGAACCAGACACAUGCAUUCUUGCCGAAACUCUCAAGAACCCUCCCAUGAGUGGCUCAAAGGGUACGAAAAAAGGAGAUCGAAUCAAAGCUGGUUCUGAGAAGAAAGGAAAAGGCAACAAAGCCGCAUCCAAGUGCGGCCAUUGUAGAGUAAAGGGUCACAGGAAAACAAACUGCCCGGAUAACCCAGAAGUCCAGGAGAGGAUGAGGAUUGAAGAGGAGAAGAGGAAAUCGCAGCAGGAGAAGAGGGCAAGGUAA